CGCUUCUCUCUCUCGCCAGGCGCCGCCGCCGCCGCCGCCUCGAAGCCCCUCUUCUCUCGGCUUCUGCAGCCCCUGCGGCAGUAUGUCUCAGUGGAAUCAAGUCCAGCAGCUUGAAGCAAAAUUCUUGGAGCAGAUAGACCAGAUUUAUGAUGACAAAUUUCCCAUGGAAGUCCGACAUCUGCUAGCACAAUGGAUUGAAAACCAGGACUGGGAAUCUGCAUAUAACAAUGAACCUAUGGCAGCCAUCCUCUUGCAGAACUUACUAAUAAAGCUGGACGAACAUUUUGACCGUGUUUCCCAAGAGAAGAAUCUUCUCUUGAUACACAAUCUGAAGAGAAUCAGGAAAGUUAUUCAGGGAAAAUACCAGAGUAGUCCUAUGCAUAUAGCAGUGGUUGUUUCAAACUGUUUAAGAGAAGAAAGAAGAAUAUUGGCUUCAGCCAGCAUGCCGGUACAGGGACCUCUGGAAAAGUCACUACAGAAUAACCUAGGCUUGGAAAGGCAAAGAAAUGUUGAGCACAAGGUGUCUGCAGUGAAGAACAGUGCGCAGAUGACAGAACAAGAUGUCAAAUAUUUAGAAGAUCUGCAGGAGGAGUUUGACUUGAGGUACAAAACAAUACAGAGCAUAGAACACACCAAUAAAAACAGUGUUGCUGUGAAACAAGAGAUGCUGCUGUUGCAGGAGAUGCUGAAUACCUUAGACUACAAGAGAAAGGAAGCUCUCAGCAAAAUGGCACAAAUCAUCAAAGAAGCUGAAGCCUUGGUGAAUAACUUGCUAACAGAAGAAUUAGUGGACUGGAAGAGGAGGCAACAAAUUGCUUGCAUCGGAGGGCCUCUGCACAAUGGGCUUGAUCAGCUGCAAAACUGUUUCACUCUGAUGGCAGAGAGUCUUUUUCAAAUAAGAAGGCAGCUGGAGAAACUGGAUGAGCUUUUGGUCAAGCUCACAUAUGAGGGAGACCCCAUUCCCCUGCAAAGACCUCACUUGCUGGAAAGAGUGAACUUUUUGCUCUACAGCCUCUUCCAAAGUUCAUUUGUAGUUGAGAGACAGCCCUGCAUGCCAACCCAUCCUCAGAGGCCUUUGGUUCUUAAAACUUUAAUACAGUUCAGUGUUAAACUUAGACUGCUUAUUAGAUUGCCAGAGCUGAACUACCAGAUCAAAGUGAAAGCUGCUAUUGACAGGAACGCCUCUACAAUAAGCAACCGCAGAUUUAUCCUUUGCGGCACUCAUGUAAAAGCCAUGAACAUGGAUGAAUCUGCAAAUGGGAGCCUUUCUGUAGAAUUUCGACAUUUGCAACCAAAAGAAAUGAAAUGUACUGGAAACAAGGGCAGUGAGGGCCCUCAAAUGGUAACUGAAGAACUACACUCUAUAACCUUUGAAACACAAGUCUGCUUAUAUGGUCUGACAAUAGACCUGGAAACGAGUUCCUUACCAGUAGUGAUGAUUUCCAAUGUCAGCCAAUUGCCCAGUGCUUGGGCUUCUAUUAUCUGGUACAACUUGCCCACAAGUGAACCACAGAACCUGGCUUUCUUUAAUAAUCCACCACCCGGCACUUUGAAUCAAGUCUUGGAAGUACUGAGCUGGCAGUUUUCAUCAUACGUUGGCCGUGGACUCAACUCUGAUCAACUUAGUAUGCUGGCAGACAAACUUACAGGACAGCAAGUUAGUUAUGGGGACCAUCAACUUUCCUGGUCAAAGUUCUGUAAGGAACACUUACCUGGUAAAUCAUUUACGUUUUGGGCUUGGCUAGAAGCAAUCUUGGAGCUGAUUAAAAAGCACAUUCUUCCACUUUGGAUUGACGGAUGUAUUAUGGGGUUUGUAAGCAAAGAAAAGGAGAGAAAUUUGCUCAAGGACAAGAUGCCCGGAACAUUUUUAUUGAGGUUUAGUGAAAGCAACUUAGGAGGGAUUACUUUUACCUGGGUAUCGCGGUCAGAAAAUGGAGAAGUGAAUUUCCAUUCUGUUGAACCAUAUAAUAAGGGUCGUUUAACUGCGCUGCCAUUUGCUGAUAUUUUACGAGAUUACAAAGUUAUUAUGGCAGACAACGUUCCUGAAAACCCACUGAAAUAUCUCUAUCCAGAUAUUCCCAAAGACAAAGCCUUUGGAAAGCACUAUAGCUCUCAGCCAAAUGAAGUGCCAAGGCCUAUGGAAGGAGGAACCAAAGGUUACGUCCCCUCUGUAUUUAUUCCAGUCUCCAAAAUCCUGAGUGAUUCCACAGACCCGCCUUCUCCAUCAGACCUUCUCCCCAUGUCUCCAAGUGUCUAUGCUAUUUUGAGAGAACACCUGAGCCCUACCGUAAUGGAAACUGCUUUGAGUUCUCCAUAUUCAGCUGACUGACGAUUCUAAAGUGCAUAUGUAUGCUUUUAAACAGAAACAUUCCUAAGAAGAUAUUUUUUCUAGUUCCCUUUGUAGAUACUCUAUCUGUAUCAUGUGGAGCACAGAUGGGGAACCUGUGACCCUACAGACAUUUCUGGAGUACAACUGCCAUCAUCAAUUACUGUUAGUCAUCCUGACUGGUGUUGAUGAGAACCAUAGGUUCCUCAUCAUUCCUCCAGACACACACAAUUGUCUUUUACCAAACUCUGCUUUCAUAAAUUAAGUCAGUACUUAGCCUGGUUCAGACAUAACAUGGUUUGGGUCCAAAGAACAAGCUGUGAUAAGCCUUUGGCUUGUGCACCCCACCCCUGCUCUCCAUGGUUUAGCCCUGAGGGAUAGCUCAGUCAAUACAGCACAAGACUCUUAAUCUCAGGGUUUGAGCCCCAGGUGGGUCAAAAGAUUCCUGCAUUGCAGCAAGUUGAACUAGAUGGUCCUUUCCAACUAUUCUGUGAUUCUCUUAUUCUAGUCCUGGCUUGUUUGAACUAAGCACAGUGAACUAAGCACCAUUUUAUCAGUUUUUCCAUAACAGAAAGCUGCAGAUGAUUUAAAAUUGCUAAUGGAAGCAGUGCCAGAUUUACG